GUUGCCUUUCUCCGCUCCACGCCGCGAGCUCACCAUGAAGAUCGAAUUUGCACCUAGAAACGUGCCCCUGAACAGGAGGCUACAGACGGCUGCAGUUCUCCAGUGGGUCUACUCCUUCCUCGGCCUUGCCCAGACCUGCAUUGCGCUCUUCUUCAUCCUGCUGUUCACUCGUUUCUGGCUCAUCAGUGUGCUGUAUGCCGUGUGGUGGUUCAUCGACUGGGACACUCCCUCUAAGGGGGGCAGGAGGGUCCCCUACCUCUGUAACAUCCCAGUGUGGGACUACAUGAGGGACUACUUCCCCAUCAAGCUCGUUAAGACAGCUGACCUGGACCCCAGGCAAAACUACAUAGUGGGCUUCCACCCCCAUGGGAUCCUGGUGGCGGGGGCCUUCACCAACUUCUGCACUGGGGCCACUGGCUUCGGCACGCUGUUCCCGGGCCUGUGCCCCUACCUGCUCAUGCUGCCCCUGUGGUUCCGCGCCCCGUUCUUCAGGGACUACAUCAUGUGUGCAGGGUUAAUCCCCUCUGAUAAAGACAGCGCCAGCUACCUGCUGCGGCGGAAAGGAGGGGGCAAUGCCGUGGUGAUAGCGGUGGGUGGAGCCCCUGAAGCCUUGGAUGCCCGACCGGGGGCAUACUGCGUGCUACUGGCCCAGAAGAAGGGCUUCAUCAAACUGGCCAUGGAGAAUGGCGCCCACCUGGUGCCAGUGUACUCUUUCGGCGAGAAUGAGGUCUUUGACCAGGUGGACAACUCCAAAGGCACCUGGCUCAGGUGGAUUCAGGAGCGGCUGCAGAGGGUCAUGGGUAUCUCUCUACCGCUUUUCCAUGCGCGUGGCGUCUUCCAGUACAGCUUUGGUCUCAUGCCAUACAGGAAACCGAUUAAUACAGUUGUGGGCAAGCCCAUCAGAGUGGAGAAGUGUGACAAGCCGUCAGCUGAAGAUCUGGACGCUCUUCACCAGCUUUACAUGGACGAGCUGAGCAAGCUGUUUGAGGAGCACAAGGGCAAUUAUGGAGUACCUGAGGAUACUCAUCUAAGCUUCAUCUGAGACGGACUCUUCCUUCCUCUUCCACAUCUACGCACACACACACACACACACACACACACACACACACACACACACACACACACACACACACACACACACACACACACACACACACACACACACACACACACACACACAAUCCUUAUAUACCAAAGGCAUUGUUUGGCGAAUCAAGUUUCCUGACUUCCUGACUAACUGAGGGACGAUAAAAAGCCAUUGCCACACAUGGACUUGCUGAGGACAGUGACGGUAUUCCUUAUGAUGCAUAAAUGAGAAAGUGUAUCUACUUCUAAUGUUGAGUUGUCUCAAAUAUGUCUCAGGUUGAAAAGUUUUGCCUCUCAAAGAAAUCCCUUUCUGGACAGAUGUUAGAAAUUCUGAGCUCAUCUUGUGAUCUUUUUAGAAAAUGUUAUCUAAAGAAAUGUGGCUCUUGGCCUCACAUCUUGAGCCCAAUCUCACUGACAAUAACGUCUGUCAGGAAAGAUGUGACUGUAAGGUUAAGCAAACUUAAAUAAACUGUUGAAGUACUUCCCGCAAACAACAAAUAAAGACAGAAUUGUGUGUUGUUCUGAAGAAAAUGAAGAAUCUUCCAAAAUUAAACUGUACUCCCAACAGGAGAUGGACCAAAACUGUGAAAAGUAGUUCAAAUCCAGCUAAUUGUAUUACUAAUAUAUUGCAAAUGUACAUUGUACAGUUAACAAUGAUGAUCGUUGUACAGAAUUCAAUAGUGUAAUGAUGAAAUUGCCUCUCAUGUGAUAUUGCCAAAGAAAUAAAUGUACCCAACCCAGA